AUGGGCUCCUACCUCUCCAUCGUCAACAACACCGAGGACCCCUGGACCUGCAAGAUCGGACCCGAUGAGGCCGCGCUCAAGAUCGCCGGCAUCGUCAUCUCCGUCGUCGGCGCCGCAGCGACCGUCAUCGGAACGGCCGGAGCAGCUGCGCCCGUCGCGUCAGCCCUCGCUGCCAACGGAAUCGUGUCCGUCUUCGGGGUGUCCACAAGCGCCCUAGCAACGGCAGCCGCUGCUGCUGCCGGCACUGUCGGCACCGUGGCCUCCGUCACUGGCGCCGUCUCCGGCUUCGGCAUCGCCGUCGCCCAGGGCAUCAACGACAACCUCAUCAGCGAAGGAUAUGUCAGCAUCGCGCCCGGCGACAAGCACCAGUGGGGCAAGAUGAGCCUCUCGCUCUGGCAGCAGGGAACCUGCGUGCGCACCACCAUCGUGGACGAGAGCACCGUCACCACCGACACGCUCUACAUGCGCCCCAUCUUUAGCGGCGCCACCGACAACUCCAACAUCGACCACGAGAUCCAGUUCUGGAUCGACAAGUUCGGGCUCGAGACGGAGACCGUCACCGGCACGACCGACCAGCAGCAGCGGCGAGUGCGCCACCUGCGCAAGAACGGCGGCAGCGACGACGGACAGAUCGUCUACUUCUACGCCAACGGCACCAACACGUACGACCCGAACUAUGACAACUAG